GUUUUACCAUCUGCUCUUAUCAAUUACUUCAAUAUAUAUGAGAUUUUAUUAUGUAUAAUUAGAUUAAACAUAAACAUUUUGACUUUUUUCUAUGGAAAGCAUGAGAAUAAUUUUGAUAUGUGGUUUCUUCUUUCCAUUAGCCGUACCUUCAUGUCCAAAUGGCUGGGUAACUCAUAAUGGGAACUGCUACCACUUCAGCCAUGACGUAGAGGACUGGACAGGAGCGUAUACGAUGUGUAAGAUUCUCGGUGGCCAGUUACUGGAACUAGAGGAUGCAACAGAGAGCAACUUUAUCAGUAGCCAAGUUAAUAUAUCAGGAAAGACGUAUUGGAUCGGACUGAGUGAUGUGAACGAAGAGGGGACCUGGGUAUGGAUGACAAGCAUGACAAAACUGAGCGUUACAAACUGGUCACCAGGGGAACCAACGGCUACAAACGGCAAUCAUGACAUAGAGAACUGUGUGGUUAUCUACAAUAAAAACGGCAUGUGGAAUGAUGCCUCAUGUGCUCACAUGAAUUUUUAUAUUUGUGAGACAUCAGAUGAGUCUUCUGAAAUCGUUGGAUAGUACCAAACUGCAUCACGACAAUGUCCAUGUUUGAAAUUAACAUGUAAACAGGCAAGAAAACUCUGUAGACUUUACUUUACUGUCUAACAGAAUUUAAAAGCGUUUGAUUUUUCUUACGGCCAUCAUAUAUCUGAUUUUACAUAGGAUGUUUUCUUUAAUAUUUUAUUUUAUAAGACUAUAUACAAAUAUAUUAAGGGUAAAAGUUUUCAAAUUCACUUUUAUAGCUGAAACUAUGUCAUAGUUUGAUGAUUUUCUAUAUUCUGACUAAUAAAACAACGCCAGCCAACAAGGCAUUUUUAGCCCAUUUAGGAAAUUUCGAGAUCAUGUAUAUAACGGAUUGCAUAGCUUUUAACGUUGUUUUGGGUUUCGACAGUAUAUCUUGAAUUUUUUGGACAACUUCUUGCAAUUUUGACAUAGGAAUUCUAACCACCAUUUCGUUUGAAUCCAGUUCUAAACCCAAAAAUACCAAAACCCAACCGGGCCUACGGUUUUGUCUGUGGCUAACGGGACCUUUAAUUCAGACAUCAUUGACUUUAUUUAUCUGAGAACACUGCUGUUGGAAAACUCGGCUAAUUCUACAGCACCUUUCAAUAAGAGAGCUAAGUUAGUAUUUCACCAUUGCAAAUUUGUUAUUUAAUUGACGUCGGAAUAUAAGCGGCCAGAUCAUCUCCCGCUAAACGCAUAACAAGUCGCCUGAAGUAGGCUGGAAAACAGACGGGGAAAAAGGAACAUUAAUACCCUG